CUCAAAGUCCCUGUCACAUUGACGCGUUGCAUCACAGAUCAGCGAACCUUGCAACUCCACCGUAGUAUGGCCGAGCUCUGCUAUGUUUUGACUUCGUUGGAUCUCAGCGCUUCAAUCGAUACCUCCGAACCUUCUCGUCUCUAUCUUAUUACUAUGGUCGCAUUCUCUGUCCUGCGGCCGACGAUGCUGGCGCUUGGUCUGACCCUGGGCCUACCCGCCAUUCUCUAUUUCAGUAUUUUGGGAGCGUUGGUUGUCGCACCCUCACUACAAGCUCACGCAAUCUAUCUUCACAAAGUCGCUUUGACGUGGUUCAAGGAUCUCAACACACCGGAGCAAUUUGGAUUCGCUCAUCAUCAAGUUACACCCUUCUACAUCUCAACACCAGAUGGAGUCAAGCUGCACACAUGGCAUGUACUCCCUUUAGCGGCAUAUGAGUCACACCAGGAAGAGUUGUUGGCUCAAGGGCCAGACGGUGGAUUGGUAGACAAGUUUGAAGAAACUUUGAACUUCCGUCUACUAAAAGAGAACCCAAAUGCUCGCCUGGUACUUUACUUCCAUGGCACCAGUGGAACUAUGGCCAGUGGUUGGCGCCCUGAUAGCUACCGCUCCCUCUACUCAGCUGACCCAGUCAACACCCACGUUCUGACAUUUGAUUAUCGCGGGUAUGGAGAGUCCACCGGCUCACCAAGCGAAGAUGGUAUCAUCACGGAUGCUGUCACUAUUGCCAAUUGGGCUAUUCAUACUGCGGGCAUCCCCCCCGAGCGAAUCGUGAUCUUUGGACAAAGUCUGGGCUCAGCUGUGGCCAUUGCCCUGGUCAGCGAGCUCGCCCAGAAGACACCCUCCGUUCAUUUCGCUGGAUUGGUUGUUACAGCGACGUUCGCAGAUAUCCCCCAAUUGACUGCUACGUAUCGCAUUGGCGGCUUCAUCCCUGUGCUUUCACCAGUAGCCAAGGUGAAGCCGCUAUUCGCGUUCUUUGCGCGGCAGCUUUCCAGUACUUGGGACAACAUGUACAGGCUCGGCGAGUUUGUCAAGGCUGCUGAAAGGUACGAUAUCACUCUCCUGCAUGCCGAAGAUGACACAGAUAUUCCCAUGGAGCAUUCCAUCAAGCUUUAUAGGGAAGCCGUCCGUGCUGCAGAGGGUGUCAAGGGCUUGACCGAGAAUGAGGGCGCACUCCUCAGCAGGAUAAGCAGCCUCGAGAAAGGUCGCGGAGAAGGAGGCUCAAUUACCGUCUGGCCUACCAGCAAGGGCAACAUUAGACUCGAGAUUUUGAAGUAUGGAGUUCAUGACAAGAUCAUGGCGUAUCCUGCGACUGGGCUUGCGAUCAGCCGGGCGUUCGCUUCGGUUCAGAAAUAGAAGGGCAUAGAAUAUACAGAAUAUACACACGGUUUCUCUCCCCCAUUCAACUCCAUGCCACUCUGGCAUGGGAAGAUGACUCUGCCCACCCUGCGUAUCAGCUCUAAAGCUAGCACAAUCA